CUUUUUCUGUUUUGUAAAAGUGACAAUGUCUGUGUUUCUUAUCAUAACAUAUUACAAAGGUUCCUCUUUUUCUUGGUCACCUUAUUUCCUCAAACACAAAGAAACUAUUCAAUACAGUAGGCUUUAUAAAAACUGUGCCUACAGAGUUUGUCAAAGGGGUAAGACACACACAACAAUGAAAGAAGUGACAAGAACUGACGCACUUUCAGGCCACAGUGGUUACCACAGGCAGACUCACGCUUUUAUUGCAUGCAAAGAAACCAUAAUGUUACACCAAGAUAAUUUAUUAUCAUUAUUAUUUACUUUGACAAGCAAAACGUACUCCUUCUUUCAUAUUUAUUGCAUUAACUAUCUUUUUAGAUGUGUUGGCUUGUAUUUAUGUGACAUACUGUAUGUGUUAACAUCUCAUAGACGUUCUGUGGGCCUGUAAAUGUAUUUGGUUAAAAUUUCCGGCUAUCUGAACCGUAUGUCUCUGUGUUGGUAAUUAUCUCAGUGUGCAUGCUGAACCGUGCCGUGUGUGCAUCUGCAGCAUGUGGGAGGAAGUCUAAACUCGAGUGAAAAUAGCCCUGACUUCCUGUGCAAACGGUUGCAAUGAGGAAGAAUAUAACAAGGGGUAAAGGGUAGUUCAGCUUGUCAAAGACACAUGCGUUUAACCAUGGCACAGCUGUUUAUAUAGUGACCUUGAAGCCCCAUCAAGUUUUCGGAGUCAUAGCUUCAGAUGUUCAAAGUCUAACUUACAUUACUGGACUCUUGGUGGUUGUACGUUUUACUAUUUAGCCAAUAUGGACAUUGUGGAUUCAGACGCGGUGCAGAUUGGAGAACACAAAUUUGUAAACAAGAGCACGAUUCUGUCACAUCUUAAGACAUACAAUCUUUACUACGAAGGACAAGCUCUCCAGCUGAGACAUAGAGAGGAUGAAGGAGAAUUGAUAAUAGAAGGUUUGCUCAACGUUUUUUGGGGUGUUCGGCGGCCAAUCAGACUGCAAAUGCAAGACGAUAAGGAGACAGGCAGGCCACACCCAUCUUUAACAUCACCGAGUGUUGACAUCACAACAGUCGAAAAUGAAGGAACAAAUCAGACGUCAACAUCGAUUGAGUUCACAGCAGCAGACGACCAAUUAAGAGACAGCUCGGGUGAAGAGGCAGCUAGUGAACAGGAGCCAUCGACACGCUCAGAUCGAGUCGCCCGAACCUCGAGUGACCUCGGUGGGAGGAGAAUUAGUGGGCGGAGACUUGGAAUCAGGAGGGUGAAGCGACACCACCGCUGCUCCUUUAAUGGACACUUUUAUAACCACAAGACGGCAGUGUUUACCCCUGCGUUUGGCUCUGUUACUAAUGUGCGCAUCAACAGCGGCAUGACGACGACACAGGUGAUGCGAGUGUUACUGAACAAAUUCAAGAUUGAGAACAACCCAGACGAAUUUACAUUGUAUUUUGUCCACACUAGCGGAGAGAGACAACAAUUAAAACCUAAUGACCAUCCUUUGGCAGUCCGGGUUUUGCGGGGACCUUGUGAGCAGGUCAGCAAAAUCUUCCUAAUGGAGACGGAUCAGGUGGAAGAGGUUACCCAUGAUGUGGCACAAUACAUCAAGUUUGAGCUUCCUGUUCUACAAAGCUUCAUCACCAAACUGCAAGAAGAGGAAGAACGAGAGAUGCAAAAGUUAAAGAGGAGGUACGCUGAUUUGCGUCGUAUCAUCAAGAAAUACAUGCAGGCUUUGAGUGACAGAACCACUUGAUGUUGGUGACGCUGUCAGUGCACUUUUUCUUCACACAUCUGUCACUUAUUUAUACGUCAUCUUUAAAGCCCCAACUCAGGAAUCCCUAUAUUUCACGAUAUGUGACCUUGCCUGUGGAAUCAAGGCUAAAGUCUCAUAAACUAAUUCAAAUGAGAUUAAAAUCAUCAAAGUUUAAUUUUAAAGAUUUCAAUGUAAUUUAAAUUUUUGACAUGACCUUACUCAGUCAAUAUCAAGGUUAUAUUUUCACAGUAUGUUCUGUUAUAUAGAAAUGCAACAUAAUUGUUGCGUUAUAUUGUUAUUACAAAGUGUUACAAAUUCGUGUUAUAGUCACAAAAAAAAAUAUUUAUUUGUGUCCAUGGCACGAAAUUCAGCUUAAUUUUGUGAUAGACACAAAUGUGUAUUUCGUAUCAUUCAACACAAAUUUAUAAAAAUUGUUUUUCGUGUCCGUGGCAUGACUUUCUUUCUCGUGUCAUUUUAUGUAUUGUUUUAUCAUUGUUUUUCCUAUUUUUUAAUUCUUGUCGCUUGGGGUUAGGGUUAGAUUUGGGGUUUGGGUUAAGAUAUACUUUUAUGUAUUGUUUUCUCUUUUUUCCCCUAUUUUCUUAUCAUUGUCGCUUGGGGUUGGGGUUAGAGUUGGGGUUUGGGUUAGGAUGUCUAAAAAUUUAACAAAAAGUGAUUCUAACCCCAACCCUAAGCGACAAUGGUAGGAAAAUACAAUGAGAAAACAAUUACAUAAAAUGACACGAAAACGAAAGUCACUAACAUGAAAAACUGCAUGGAGAAAUUCAUGGGACAUGAAAAGGCAUUCGUGCUUAAGGCAUGAAAAAAGCAAAAAAAUUUGCCAAGGACACAAAUAAAUUAAUCUAAUUUUUGUGACUAUAACACGACUUGCCGUGAGAUCACAAAAACAUGACUUUAGCUGGGUUUUUCCAUGCAGGAUCACAUAUAUUCAUAAUACACAAAUUUUAGAUGUUAAGGUUUCCUCUAUAUUUGUUCCAAAAAAAAACUGGGCCAAGCUAAAUUAAACAAUAGUUUACAUUUAUGCACACAUUUGUUAUAAGCCUUCAUGUUUUUAAAAAGUAUUAUUAUUAUUAUUUUUCGAAACGAAGGACCUUGUACAAAGUUGGUUGAAUGUAAAAUUCACACCAUGUGAAUAAGAAGAGAAAAACAUUUUGUACUUGUAAUGUAGGCUAUUUUAUUCCAGACUAUUUGUAAUGUGUUUAAUUUAUAAAUAUAUAAUAAAGUCUAUAUGCAUAUACAUUACAUUUGCAUUUGCUUCUUAUUUCUAAAGAUUUUCCUUUUGUUUGUAUGAGCUCACACAGUUCUCAGUAAAUGAUCUAAUAAAAUGUUAAUGGCUUGUGGUUGUUUCUAAUGUUACACAGUCAAUGUUGUAAAGAUGGUAGAUCUGACAUUUGUUUGCAGUUGAGUAGAUCCCAUGGGUCUGUUAACUGAAAAGAUAAAAAAUAAUUUAUCUUCCACAAUACAUUAACACUGUAUUAAAUAAUCCAUAUAAAACAUCUUAAUUUAUGAAUGUAAUAAACCUUCAACAUGGAUCUGUUAGCAUAAUUUCUUGCAAAAACAUGUUAAUGAUAAAAAUGGGUGUAAUGGAAAAAAAUAAGAGUGUACAGUAAAUUACCCACAGUAUGUGUUUUUACAGGUCAAUAAAAUUGCUUUAAAAUGAGCUUAUAUUACAACAGACCAGUAGUACAUAGUACCAGGCUGUAAUUCUUCCUCUGCUGUGUCUUUGUUCUCAUGGGCGGGGCUUCUCUGCAUCCCUGAUUGGUAAUUGGCUCCUAUUGAGUGAGUGACAGAUCCAUAAGGUGGUUGUUUACCACAACGCUUCUCAUGCUGAGGUCGAGCAGUUUAUCAAACAGAGAACAGAAGCCUGUGAUCAGCACCAUACAUUACCA